AUCCUUCCACCACAGGGGAAAAAAGGACAUCCUUAAUUUGGCACAAGAUAUUCAUGUAUCAUGGGAAUGAUGGAACCUUAAGAAGUUCUGUUAACCUUAAUCAUUAAAAGGAGAGGGGAACCAGAUAAAAAAUAUCUUGUAUUGAAGUCUAACCAUAAAUUCCUAUAUGUAAACUAUUUUUAUAUUUCAUCUUUGUAAAUACUACCAGACUUGUAUAUGGGAGGAGAGCUGAGAAAUUAGUGGUUUCUCACGCACCCUUUAUUGUUGUGUUUUUAUUUUAUGGUUGAUGUAUUGUAAAUUGCAUACAAAAUGACCUGCCUGCACUGAAAAGUGAUAUCCCUGUAACUUCUGCUCUCUAACUGGACUAAUGAGUUGCUUUCUUCUCUAUUUUAUAAUCCAUCUUCAUUUCUAGAUUAUUAAGCUUUUAGAAAAGCUAUGAUCUUGUAACAGUGUUCAUAAACUCAUAUCACGUAUCAUAUGUUACACAAAGUCUCCUAGGUAUUCUUUGAUUUCCAGGUUUUCCAAACAUCUCUCUCCUAGAUACUUUUUGAAUGAUUAUUUCCUUUAGCUUGCGUUUUUUCCAGAAUGAAUCUAAUUUUGGGUGAUAUCCAAAGCCCAUUGAGGUCAGAAGAAUGUCUCCUAUUGACUUUAGUGGGCUUUGGAUUUGAUUCUUUAUUUCCUAUAUCCAGGAGCCAAAUUCUGCACACCUUAUUGUUUUAAUGGGAAUUUUGCAUAAGCAAAGCAAGCAGCAUUGGGUUCCGAAGUCUGAUAUUUUAGGACUCCAUUGCAUUGUAUUUCACUCUUUUCACUAGCAUUUGUAAUGAUACAAUAUCAUUUACAAAUGUAAGUGCUGUUUAUCUGUCACCAUGGAUAGCUAAUGGAAAUCUUAAGUAAUGCUGAGUGAACUCUGCUGUGUCUUGCUACUGCCUCUUUCCAGACUUGAUAUAUGUUCUUCCAUUACCUUUUGUUUCAGUCUUUUAAUUACUUUGCAGUUCAUAAGGUUUUAUCAGUGCUUGGGAAAGUGUGAAUCAUUUGUGGGUAAAGUUUUGAAAAACACUGUAAUCAGACAUGAAGUCCAGUUACUGGUUAUAUUCUACAUAUUAUAACCAUUGCCCAGAUAUGGAAAAGCACUUUAAUAUGUACUCAAGUCUCUCCUUAUUAAGAAGAAGCAAAUAGAUUUUUUGAAUGCAAUCGCCUAAGUGGGAUUUGGGUCUCAGUAAAAGCUAAGCAAAAGUUUAUAUUAAUUCCUGAGUAAGUACAUUUUUUUUCCAACUGCACCUUUUAUGUGUUAGUUCUCUUAGAUGAAGGAUUCCAAACUAUUCUGCAGCUUAGGUACCUGCAGAGACUACUGUAUUGGGCUUAUGUGACAAGAGUUUGGUAGCCAGGGGGAUUUAGGGGUGGCAUCUGUGAGGCACAGCCCAGUGCUUGCUCCAUUUCAGAUCAGAGCCAGCCCAAGUUGCUCCAAAGACACCCACUGCUGGCCAGAGCUGAGCCAUGAGUGACGCUGCUUGGGCCUCUGGGAGAGCAGAUUGAAGAAAGGGAAAAAUUUGCUGUGCAACUGCGGCUGGAAGAGAGGACUGAGAAAAUGUGAGAGAACCAGCACUGCAAACAGCCAGAUAUAUACACAGGCAACUUUUAUAGAAAGUGGAUUAAUCUAGGCUUUGGCUUUCACUCAGCUAUGUCUGGCAUAUACGAAUCUGGGACCAGUAAUAGAAGAAUCUGUUUUAGAGACAUGCAAAUUCACAUCAGUGUCACGUUUCUAAAUUUCACAACAGUUUUAAUUUUCAUAGCUUCAUACUCUGUAUUUGCUAUAUUUCCAUAUAGUGUCAGUUGCCUUUUCUUUCAGCGAAGCACUGAAAAAAGUGUGUGCAAAUUCAGACAAAAAUUGCCUGUGCAGUUGACAUUUUCUGUGGUUGAAAAUGUAGCAACUCAAUUCUGAAUUUCAGCUUGCUUUAAACUUAGAGAAAUGGUGCAACUGCCGCCUGUUUCUAAUUAUUCCUGAAAAGUCAGUAAGAGGUAGUAUGAAGGCCAGUCAGGAGAAUGAUUCAGAGUAAUCUGGAAUUUUUAGCUAUUGAUCUUUGACUGAUGGCAUUCUCUUUGCUAAGCCUGAUGUCUGUUGCCCAGACCAGAAGCUGUCUGUAGUGCCUGUUGCAUUCUGUUCUGCUGAAGGUACUAAAUUCCAGUGAUGGGCAUUCAGACAAUAUUCUUUUUCUUCCAAGUAGUAUAAAAUAAUGGAGAAGGGCCUUAAAGAGGUGGCUUUUAGGUAACAAUAGCUCCAGUGAAAAAUUGAAAUCUCCAGAAUGAUCAAUGACACCAGCAGUUACCAAAGAUCUUAGCCUGGUACUGCUACAGUCUUAAGACUGGAUACCUGUAUUUAAGUAGGGUCCUGAAUCUGUAAUGAUAAUGAGCUUAUAAAUAGUUUGAUUUUAGCUGGGUUACGUCUCAUGUUCAUUGAGAUCCAUGGAUGUAUGUCGCUGAAGUAUAAGAACUCAAUUGACACAAGGGAGACUAAAUAUGGAUUGAAAAGCUUAACGUCAGGCAACUGUGCUAAUAUUUUGGCCCAAUCUCCUAGAAAUUGAUCUUUUUCUGUUUAAUAUUAAGAAACCACAGUGACUAAAGUAAUUUUAAAAUGUCUUGGCCUGGUAGCUGCAGCAUCCUCCAAAAACUUAGGAUCAGUACAAUCAAGUGAAAAAAUUGGCCAAAAUUUCUUAAAGACACAUAGAGCAGGAGCAAAAUCCUACUAAAAGGAAAGACAAUGAAAAGACGAAGCAACAGCUUUUCCACAUUUUUGGCUGUGAGGUGGCAAAACAGAAAGGACCUAUUUGAGAUGAAAAAAAAAAUGACUAAAACUUGAAGUCAGACUCUGGCAUGCUUGAAUACCAUAUGCCUGCACUAUUGAGAGACUGGAACAGAGUAUCUGGAGAAAGAUGAGAGAGUGUGGGUGGCAAUAGAAAAAACAACCACGACUAAUGCACCAGACUGCAAUGUUACAUCACAUUUCAAUGACUGGAACCAUGUCCUGAGAUCCCCCUCCGACCACACGACGACUUCCUUCUUGCUGUUCCCCUCCCAGCUUGAGGACUGCAUGCGAUUAUGCUGAGGACAUAAUUCAAUUAAUUAUUGACAGAACACGUAAUCACCACUUAGAUCUCUCUCUCUGAUAAAUCUCUUCCCUGCUCUCUGACUUCUGUUUGUCAGGCGCUUGGGGGGGUGGAGGGGUGGAAAGGCAAUAAAAAUGUGUUUUAAAGAUACGAUAUUUCCCAAUACUCUGUAUCAGCUGGAGAGGCUUCUGACACCCCGGGCUUUUUAGAUGUAGAGCAUAUUGUUCCAAUCUGUGCUAAACAAGUACCCCCGAGGAAGCUCACUGGGAUGGAGGCUCAUGAUUCAUUUUAAAUAGAAGGCAUAAUAGGAGCAGAUAACUUUGAUUUGUGCAGAGAAGUGUGAUCUCUUUCAGGGGUUUUGGGCUUUCACUGCAUUUUCUUCUUCUAAUGCUGAUUAAAGACAAAGUGAUAAAUAAGAGCUCUGUGUUCGGUUUAAAGGAGGCAUGUAGCUUUAGAGAGCUGACUUAUUGAGAAACACGACAAACAAACAAACAAAAACCCCUGACCUCCGAUACCCUUUGACCAAAAUCCGCUAGUAGCAGAAAGUGAAGACGAGAGUUUCUUUCACUAGUAGAAAGAACCCAGGCAAGGACAGUGACCUCUUCUUUCCGUAUGACUGGAAAAUGUCCCGGGGCUGGACCGGGUGGGGACGUGCCGGGGGGUCAGCCGCAACUCGGGGUCCUACCCAAAUCAUGCCAAAAGCGGACACGGAAGGGCGAGAGCGAGGUGACAAAAGCAAAGAAGGGCUUUACUAUAAACCGAGGAGAAAAAGCUGUGGAGAAAAAAAGGCUGUUGCCAGCCUUGUGCCCGGACUGGAGGAGACAGCCCCGGGUUUUGCGUGGGUCCCCACGGGCACCUGCCCCAAAGGAUGGCUGUGGGGUGGCGAAAGGGGGCCGGGGCACGGUGGCAUCGGGGGGGUGGCGGGGAGAAGCAGCGGCCCCGGGGCUGGCGGAGCUCCCCAGGACCUCCACCUGCUGCGGGCCCGCUGCCCUGGGCUCCUCCGGUCUCCUCCGGUGCCUUUCGCAUCGCCCCAACCGACUUGGGUUCCUCCCGCGGCAGGAAGCCCGUGUGAAGGCGGCGGAGCGGCUCCAUCCUUAUGUAAGAGGCAGCCGAGAUUGUGCCGCGCCGGGCAGAUGCUUGCAAAGCCGGGGCUGGCGAAAAGAGCUGGCCCGGUCCCUCGUGGGGCCGGAGGAGGGGAACUGGGGCACCCCCGCCGCAAGGUGCCGCCCGGCCCGGCCGCUGGGAGCCGCUCGGCCACCGACGCCUCCCCCCCGACCCCGGGGUGCGGAGCCCGCAGGGAUGAGCCCCUGGAGGAGCGGAGCCGGGGUGCCGCUACUGCCGCCCCGCCGCUGGGGAUGCUCCCGAGGCUUCCCCUGGGCUCCGGGGCACCGGAGAGGGCGCAGAGCUUGGCGUCGGGGAGGCUGAGAGGCGUGCCGUCGGGGCUCGACGGGACUCCUUGUCCUAAAAGAUCCAGGGGGACUCGUGGGUCCCUUGGGGGCCUCUCGGCCCCCGCCUCUCCAACGCGGGCUGCGAGCCCCCUGCCGAAGCUCGCUGGGGAGGACAGCCCCGCCGGGGCCGCCCCGUCGUGCCACUGCCCUAAGGCACAACGGGAGGUGCCUGGCGGCUCCCGGGCGGCCUCGGCGGGGCUCUCAGGAUGCUCUCCGCGCUCGCCAUCACCUGGAGGCCAACUCCGGCUGCCCCCCGCUGCCUCUCCCUCUGGAAGCGCGCCCCCCGGGGGGCCGAGCCCCCAGCCCCUCUGCCCGAGCCCCGCGGGGCCGGUCCCGCCUGGCCUCAGGUGCGGUCGCGCCCGCUCCCAACCAGGGGGGAGGCACCGGCACCUCGGAGCCGCCUGCGCGCUCGCGACGGGGCGUCCUCGACGGGGCGGCUCACCCUGCUGGGGCGGCUUUCCCCCUCCGGAGUUUUGGCUGAGGUUCACUUGUUUUGGCCGAGGUUCACCUCUGCACCUUCGCUCUCCCUGGGCGCAACCCCGCGGGGCGGCUCAGAGGGGUGAGAGCGGGGGCGCGCAGUCCCCCGGGGCUGGGUUUAAGGGCCAGCUUCGUUCCCCCUCCCGCGGGAGCCCCGGAGGUGUGUUUUUCCCCUGGGGACCCUCAGUGCCCCCCUUCUCCUUCGGGUCUUGCCGCAGCCCUGCUCGCCGCCCCCAGCUGCGCAUCCUCUCCCUCCUGCCGCUUCGCCUUCCCCUCCUCAGCCGCGAAGAGGACGCUACAAGGUAGGCAAAAGGGAAAGUGAAUGUGGCGCUCUGGAGCGAGAUAGAGAGAGACGGGCAAGGUUAGACGUGUAUUUACUCAACCUUUAUUAUUUAAAAAAAUUCAUAAAAAAAAAGGUGAACGAACGUCUUACAAAACCCCCCCAUAAAUAGGACAUUCCGUUCAGCUCUGGCUAUUGGCAGUUCUAGCAUUUGACAACAUCAGACACGAUUUCCUGGCAUUAGAGAAACCCAUUUCAAAAUCGGUCAUCACAAAGAAAUACUAGAAAUCCCAGUUAGCACUUGCUAGGCAGCACGGAGCACUUGUACACAACUUUUCAGACACACACCCGCGCACACACGCAGCUGGGAACAGAUCCCGAAGGAAGAGAGCCUCCUUAAAAAUUAGUAAACGCUUCUCCAAAUAAAAGAAAAAAAAAAAAAAA